AGUCACUGCCAGGUCUGAAUGGAUUAAGUUUGAGUUUCGGAGGGAUAGUUGAUGUGCAUACCUGAAACACCUCUUACUAGAACAACAAAAAUACUCACUGCUUUCUGGUUUUAAGUGAUCGUCUUAAUACAGUUAGAGUUUGACGUAAACUACAAAAUCCUGAGAACAGUUGUAGAAUAUCAUUUCGAAAAUUGCUGUAACAUAUACAUAAGAUCAUAGUCUAGCAACGCCCAACUAAACUUUUUCAGGUAAGCAAUUGAAUCCAUUUUGUAACUAUAAUUCUGAAAUAAUUUCAAGUUAUAAGCAGUCGAUACGAAACAGACGAAAUAGAAUGAGUAUGAUCAGAAGAUAGUAAUGAAUAUUUUUCCUCUAUGUUAGGAGCAUCAAAAUAGUUGAACAGAAUGACCCCGGAAACAUCUUAAGGUCGAAAAAUACGGAGAAAAAUUAAGGGAAAAUAAUAUUUCAUGACAUUAUUAUCGUCAUAAAGAUGAAAGAAAGACUCGGAGGCUUUUUUCUUUACAAAGAUCAAGCGUUAUCUCAUAAGCACUUGAAAAAUCCACAAACCUUGUGUAGUAUGGAUAAAUUCUGUAUAUUACGAAAAUAGUUAUAUUUGGUCAGUUGAUGAGAUUAAAAUUAAAACCGGUUGUCUCUUACUGAUCGACAUUAGCUUUUCAGAGAUUUCCCAAUAAUACAACAACUAUAAGUAAUAUAUGUGUUUUACAAGGGUAAACAGGCAGUAAUUCAUAGAUAAAGGCAAAAGAACAUAAGACUUGAAGUAGUGUUCAACUUUCACUUGUACAUUAUUAUUAUUAGCUUUAUUCAAUAUUAUAUAUUUUGGCAAAAACGAGUUUCCGUUCCUUAUUUCUUGAUCGAUCCUGACGAUAAAUAUUGAGUGAUCGCCAAUUAGAUGUUAGCAGUUCGAGGAUCGACAUCUUUUCGAAGUAUAUUGCCAGUAACCGCCAUGUCUCUGAUUGCGCUCCAUACUGACUGAAUAAAUUGUUUAAUUAACUGACAUAAUGAUCUGUUGAAACAAACAAAAGACAAAUAACUUUUUGAAUUAUCUAGAUUGCAGAAACAGGUAGCCUAGAUAUUCAAGCUGGUCACCUAUAUCAUUGGGAUACAAAAAGAUUCAACUUUGGUAACUAGUCACUUAGUUAUUGUUAAGAAACAACUUGUUUAAUAAAAAAGAAUUCUAAAGAUAUAUUAAUCUAAUUAACAUUUCAAAAUUUGUUGAUUUUUUCAAGCAGUUCAGAAUCAUUGUGAUAAUCAGUAAUUGUGAUAAACUUUCACAAGAUAAAAUUUUUACUUCCUUGAUCUAUCUACUCAUUAAUAUACAGAAAAUAACUUGUCUCAGUCUAGAUUAAGACCUUGACACGAUAGGCUGACUAGUUUAACUUUGGAAGCAAAAACGUGCAUCGCAUACAUCAAACGAAAGCUUAUGGCUUGUAGAAUAGACUAGGAACAAAAAUAAAUGUUAAUGUUUUACAAACAUUGAAUUAAGUGAAAUAACGUUCCUAAAAAUAGCUUUUGUUGUUCAUCAUAGCUUCUUUGUUUUUUCAGUUCACAUCAAAUUGUUAUGAACAUUAUUCAGAUGUGCAUCAAUGGUUAAUAUGAACUUUUUGAUAUCUGUUUGAAAAUUUACUAGUUCCUUUCAGGUCUAAAUAGUUUCUGAGUUAAACUUUGACUAAAUGUAAAUAUCUAAAUUGACGAACGUUGAAAAAGCAUUUUAUAUCCUGAUUCAAUCAAUAAUUCAUAUAAAUUCAAAAACUUUGUCAAAAAUAUUAAAGAUAGCUUUCAGCAUUGAGCAGUCAAAGACUUCUAUUCAUUAUUUUCAAAAUACGGGGUAGGGAUCCAAUGGUUUAUGUUUUUAAUUUUAUUCGAUACAUGACUUAAUGUUCAUGUUCUUUAGUUUCUAAUGUUUUUGUAGCUAAAAUUGGUUCUUGACGUUAAUUAUUAUUUAUUAUUAUUAUCAUUAACUUUAUUCGAUAUUAUAUUUUUGGUACAAUAUAGAAUUCUCAGCGCAAAGUAUUUCAACAAGUUUCCAUUUCUUUCUUCUUGGUUGGUCCUGGCGAUAAAUAUUGAGUGAUCGCCAGUUCAAUGUUAGCAGUUCAGUAAAUGAACAUCUGAAUAGUGUGCAUUCUUUUCGUUGUAUAUUGCCAGAAACCACAUUGUCUCUUAUUGAGAUUUUUGUAACUUUGACAACGAAAGGUUGUACAGUUUUCAGAAACGCAGCAGAAUAGAUUAUGCGAUUAAAAGACAUAAUGAUAUAUUAAAAUAGAUAACUUGUUGAAAUAUCUAGAUGGCAGAAACAGGUAGCCCAGAUGCUCAAGCAGGCCGCACUUUUGUUUUUCAUGAUGAACAGUUACAGACUCAUCAUCUUAGUUAAAAAUGCGAUUUCAUUUGACUUACUGACUUAAUCUUAUUUAUACCGAUUUAUAUACAAAAGCCAAUAGUUAUCAGUGAAUUACUUCACUUUUUUAAAAUAGAAAAAAAUCCAUAGGCUGAUAAUUUACGUAAUGACAAUACAACAUAGCUUGUACCCUAUUUACACUGAAACAGUCCAAAACUCAUAACAAACAGUAAACUUCUAUAGUAGUUAUGUUACAGAAACUAGAAAUCAAUAUAAAAAGCCUUUUUUCACUGUAGAUAAGAUAUAAUUUCACUUCUUAUUUUUACACAAUCAUAUGAGCAUCUACUUUUGUUUAUUUUCCUCAUUAUAUUUACCAAAAUAAUCAUAUCUAACUUAGUCUAAAUUCAGAUGUAUGAAUAACUGUUAAUUAUAGAAUCGUGUAUAUAUUCCUUUGGCAAUCGGGAUUCUAACAAAUUGUUUCAAUGCAUCUCUGCAUUAUAUUCUUCUAUUUGUUUUCAAAAUUGGAAUAAUAGGUUCAGCUAUUUCUCAAUCAUCAGCUUAUUUAUUUCAAUGUGUUUGCUAUCUACCAUAUAUUCUGAUGUUGCAGCAAUCAGGACUAACAUGGAAAGGUUGGACAAAUGAACUAUGGCUUGACUGGGGAAGAUGGUUCAAAUUAGCUAUGCCAGGUGUUCUCAUGAUUACCUUGGAAUGGGUCAUUUUUGAAAUGGGCAGUAUAGUUUCAGGUACACUUGGUGAAAGAGAAUUAGCUACCCAAACAAUUCUUUUCAACAUUGAAUCAAUGUGCUUUACACUGUUACCACUUGGAUUUGGUAUAGCAUCAAGCAUACGUGUUGGUCAAUUUCUUGGUGCUCGCUCUUCAAUCGGACCACGGUCAGUUGUUUCUACAGCUCUUGUAACAUUAUGGACAGCUUCUAUUGCCUUUAUUCUAGCUUUGUCCUUAUUGAGAUGGAAAAUUCCAAUGAUUUUCACUUCUGAUCAAGAUGUCAUUGAACUAUCUGCUAAACUAUUGCCAUUGAUUGCUACAUUUCAAAUAUUUGAUGGAACUGUGGGUGUUUGCGGGGGUGCCAUUCGUGGAGCUGGACUACAACUGUUCGGUGCAAUUGUUUGUUUUAUAAGCUUAUAUGUAAUAGGUUCUCCUAUCAGUUUUAGCCUUGUUUACGCUGGCGGUUACGGUUUGGAAGGUUUAUGGGCUGGUAUGACAAUUGGAACCAUUUUCGAAGGUGUUAUUUAUCUUAUAACAUGUCAGCACAUUAAUUGGGAGAAACAGGUUCAGCUAGCUAUUGAAAGAACCGAACAAUUAAUACUAGAUGAUGACCAACUGCAAGAAGGAAGUACAAACCAAUCGACUGGAGGAGUUCAACAUUCAACAAAUAUCAAGUCCUCAUCGAAUAAAGAUGAAUGUGUAAAUGAUGAGGAACAAAUCGAUGUUCAAAAUGAUAAUUCAUUUCGUGAAAGUGUAACAGAAGCAGGAGCAAGCUUGGUAGAUGACUAUAAUCCCCCAGCCAAUGAAUUUAGAUCAAAUUCACAAAAGAAACUUUCGAUUCAAUUAGAAAAGGUCAUCGUGUCACGUACUAUAUUCAUUCUAUUAAUGUUAUUUCUACUAAGUUUAGCCAUAAUUAUGAGAGUACUUAAACCAUGGUCAAAAAAAUUUGGUGCAUACUGUACAUUUUCUAACGGAACAUUCAUCUCAUUAAAGGAUCGUAAUAUAUUUCUUCGAGAUUUAACAGAAACAAUUUUAGAUGCUGACAAUAUUUUAUUAAAAUAUUACGACCUAAACUGUACAAUAUCUAUCCCCUAGAUAUUUCUUCCAUUAUUUUUAAAGAUGUACAUAUAAAUCAGUAACGUGUAUCACGAAAACCAUUCAUCCUUUUUUAUUUAAAUAUUACUAGUAAAUUUGAAGCACAACAAAUAAUAAUCUCAUUCUUCAUG